AUGUCCAAAGACUUGAAAUUUCCAGAAGGUUUUAUCUGGGGUACGGCAACAGCCUCGUACCAAGUAGAAGGCGCAGUGAAUGAAGGUGGACGUGGUGAUAGCAUUUGGGAUGCCUUCUCUCGCACUCCUGGCAAGGUUGUGAACGGAGAUACAGGUGAGAAGGCAGUUGACCAUUAUCACCUUUACAAAGAAGAUGUAGAACUCAUGAAGAAGAUGGGACUUAAAUUCUAUCGUCUUUCACUUGCAUGGCCGCGAAUUAUUCCUGCUGGUGUUGGCAAGGUGAAUGAAGAAGGGAUUGAAUUUUAUGAUAAUCUUAUCAAUGAAUUGCUAGCCAAUGACAUUACGCCACUCGUUACGCUGUACCAUUGGGAUUUGCCCUUGGCUCUGCAGAUCGAGUAUGACGGUUGGCUUGGUGGGAGAUUUAUUCAAGACGCUUUUACGCAAUACGCUCGCGUAUGUUUCCAACGUUUUGGCGACCGUGUUAAGAAUUGGUUAACGUUAAAUGAGCCAUGGUGCUCAGCAUUUUUGGGUUAUGGCAAUGGUGUUCACGCACCAGGACGCAAAUGCAAUCCCCAAUCUGAAGCGUACAUUUCAGGACACAAUUUACUACUGGCUCACGCACGUGCCGUGGAUGCUUAUCGUCAUGAAUUCCAGGCUGUACAAAACGGUCGAAUUGGCAUCACUUUGAAUUGCGAUUGGCGUGAACCAAAGCCAACAGAUGAUCCACUGGAAAAAGCUAAGAACGAAGAAGCUGCCGAACGCUCGCUGCUCUUUUCUCUAGGCUGGUUUGCUGACCCCGUCUACAGAGGAGACUAUCCUCAAGUCAUGAAAGAUCGAUGUGGAUUACGUCUACCAAGAUUUACGGACGAGGAGAAAAAACUAUUGAAAGGUAGUUCGGACUUCUUUGGUUUAAAUCACUAUGGGACAAACUACACAGAACCGUCUGAUGCUUAUGAAGCCAAAAUUCCACCACCAAACGAUACCACUGGUAGCUACAGUCUUGAUGAAGGCACAAAGCUGACAUCUGAUAGCUCGUGGAGACGCACCGACAUGGGGUGGAAUGCUGUUGGUUGGGGUUUUCAAAAAUUAUUGGUCUGGAUUCAAAAACGCUACGAGGUCUCAAAUGGCAUUCUGGUUACGGAAAAUGGCUGCGCGUGGCCGGACCGUACGAAGGAAGAGGCGCAAAACGAUGACUUUCGAGUCGAGUUUUACAAAGAGUAUUUGACAGGCUUGCACAAUGCGAUGGCUGAAGGCGCUGAUGUUCGUGGCUAUUUUGCAUGGUCUUUCAUCGACAAUUAUGAGUGGGCUGAGGGGUACACGAAGCGCUUUGGAUUACACUGGGUCGACUACAAAACCAUGGAGCGGACGCCGAAGAAAUCAGCGCUCUGGUUCGGCAAUGUCAUUCGCGACAACGGAUUUGCUGCCUAG